AUGUAUUUCAUGGAGUGCCCUACAGGUAGCAGGAGUCUAGGACCCCCAGGCUCCCGCAGCAAGCCCUGUGUCCUGUGCGUGGUGCUCUUAUUAAUGUUGGCCAUGAAGAGUUCAGUGUUAGUGUCAGUGCUCCCCUGUAUUCUAGGUAAGUUUGCCGUCCUCAGUCAGGAACUCCCUGCUCCACCUGAGUUUUCCAAAUACCUGCGCUGCUAUCGUUGCCUCUUUGAGACCAAGAAGUUGGGAUGCCUUCUGGGAUCGGACAUCUGCCUCGUCCCAAAGGGCAGCAGCUGCAUCACAAUCCACAUAAGGAACAGCAGUACUGAGUUCAUGGUGAGUGACUGCUGUCGCAAUGAACAGAUGCGUGAAUGCUCACAUACCCGAAUUUCGCCAGUGUUUGGCUUCUGGAUAUACUCUCGAUGCUGCUUCAUGGAUUUCUGCAAUGAUCCUCAGAACAGGGAGCUCCAUAAUUCUUAG